UUUCGUCUGUCUCUGCGCCUGCUGGCAGCUCGAACAACUCGAAACCUUCCCUACGGAAUUGCGCUCCCCUUCUCGGUCCGUCCGUGGGGCUGUGGUGGGGCACGACCGUGGCAGCCCAUGAGGUUUACGGCCCACGACCACCCACAGGCCAGCUGAGAGAAAAAGAGAAAGGGCGUAGACCAUCCUCGGACAUGCCCUUUCAGCCUUCCGCGGACCAGCUCCGUUAACAGGCCCGCUCACCUUUCACCACCGCCUCGACAUGGAAGGCGAAGACUCGGGCGGCGCUCAGGCCCCGCUAAGGGCGGGCGAGGAGGCCGACGUGCGCAGUCCCUACAUGUCUGAGGUGGAUGCGGCGGUGGCCGGGUGGUUGAAGGCCCACGAGUGUGGCGCCCUGACUCCCGAGGUGCUACGCGCGUUCUGGGCGACGCAUGUGCCCCCGCUGCUGAGUCCGCCGCUCAACUGCCGCCCUCUGCAGCUGGCCUAUGAUGAGGCUACGCUGCGCAGGACGCUGCUGGACUCACUUGAGAGGUUUGUCUGCGGGACCUCGGAUCCUCGGGGCUACUUCGAGGAGCUCCGUCGAAUGGAGUCACCUCCGACGUUGUGCGGCCGGGUGUUCAAGUCCGGCGAGCCAACAUACUCCUGCCGAGACUGUGGUCUCGACCCUACCUGUGUCCUUUGUGUUGACUGCUUCAAAAGCAGCGAGCACAAGAACCACAAGUACAAGAUGAGCAUGAGCUGUGGCGGCGGCUACUGUGACUGCGGUGACAUCGAAGCAUGGCGGUCGUCUCCAUUCUGCGAGACUCAUGGUCGGGCCGUCAGGCAGCAGGAGGAGGGUCGGGAUGGGAAUGAGCCCAAUCCGCUGGACCGGCUCCCUCCGGACCUGGUGAGCCGUGUGGAGCUGGUGCUGCGGGCGGUGCUGCUCUACUGCCACCAGAUGCUGACGUGGGGCAAGUCCACCGAGCUGCCACCGGACCUGGCCCAGUCGUCCGUGCCUCGGCUGCAGGAGACCUACGUCACCAUGCUGUUCAACGAUGAGACGCACACCUACGAACAGGUUAUCCAGACCCUGAACAGGGCCAUUGAAUGCUCACACCGGGAGGCCAUAGAAUACGCAACCAUGGUGGACCGCGAGGGCCGCAGCGUGGUCCGGAGCUCGACGUUCCCCGAUUGCUUGCAGGUGAAGCAGCACAUUGAGAGGAUCACGUCGCGGCACGGCAGCCGUCCCCUGAGGGUUCUGGUGAUGCACUCGUCGGUGGUGGCACACCAGACAUUCGCCAUGCGGCUACUCACCUGGCUACAGGGCUUCCUUGCACAGUGCCAAGCCAGUGUAGUCAGGAUGAUGAUGAUGGUGAUGAUUGGGGCACAGCUUUGUGACCGGUUGUGCGGGCAAGGCACCCAGGUCCGAGAAGUCGUGUGCAUCAACCCCCUCGAAGGCGAGAAGGUCGAAGUGCUGGAAGACUCCGGCUGUGACGAGUCCGUGAAACCGCCCACCAACCAAUCCUGCGAAAUUCGAACGUGUGAUGGCACGGAAUGGGUCACCUCGCCAUGGUCGGGCUGCGAAGCACCAUGCUCGUCGCGCAUCGAGACACGGCAAGUGUUCUGCACCAACGAGGAAGGAAUGAUGUUCCCCGACGAGUACUGCGACGAGGAGAAGCGGCCCAACACGACCAGGCCGUGCGACGAGGAGGGCGGCUCCCUGGACGACCUGUGCCAGUACAUGUGGUACUACUCCCAAUGGAGUCCCUGUUCCACCGAGUGUGGCAAGGGCAUGCAGACCCGCAGGGUGUUCUGCGGCACCAUGACCGACGGGAGCAUCAACAACGUCACGGACGACAAUUGCAACCCGGAAGAUCAACUCAAUUCGACUAAGGAGUGCGUCGUGGACGCUGUCUGCAACGGAACUUGGGUCGCGGCUCCCUGGAACCGG